AUGUGUGAAUCUGCUGGUGACGUCACAGAGGAGUGCUUCAGUAAUCAUGUUAUGGAUGUUCUAAACAAAAAGACGUUACGUACUGAAGUUGAUGAAACUGAUCACGUGACACUUGCGCCACAUGUGUCCAGUUGUGUCCACUGUGUUCUACGCUGGCGUUUUACCACAGAUGACGGUCUUUAUACCUAUGUCGGGUGUGCUGAUGUGGCGAUCAUUGAACCAUUCCCGGAUACGAAUAGCGUUCAGUAUCUCAAAAGGAAGAAGCGCCAGGCGGUGGAUGCUACGUUGCCUAGUACAUGGAAUACUGAAUCUGUGACACCAUCCCCUGACAUGAACACUGGUACGGCACCAGGUAAUUCCUUCAACACGUAUGAUAUGCCGGCGAGUGGACCACCAUCGGCUAACAUGGAUGGUAUUGCUUCAAUGAACAAUGGAAGGUUACCCGAAAGUUUCUCCUCCACAAACACAGGCGUAUGGUCAGGUAGCACGCCAACAAACAACCUGGGCAAGUCGAGCAACCAGGAUCAUUACACGUCCUCGCAAUUAGCAUCAUUCUCACCAAAUUUCCGUAAUGCUGCGGACAUUGGGAAAGCGAUUGAUUACCACACAGAAGAGGCGCUACCCACGUACAUGCCGACAAGAGUUAACAGGAGGAGGGGAAACACAGGAAACAUGUUUUAUGGCGGUAACUAUGUUAGACAGACUGCGAAAGCUGCCGAAAAUCAGGCUGAGCAGUAUCUAAGCCCGGUCUCAGGUUAUAGGCGCGGAGGCAUCACAUCCUACCGCACAUCACCAGUAUUCAACAAUGAGUAUCCGACCACACAUACAUCUCGGGUAAAUAGCGACACAGGGGAGACAAUUUUCCAUUUCACUCCUGAUACCGCAAAUAUCCAAAACAAAGAAACAGAGACACUAUUCCAUUACUCACCCGAGUCGCCGCGCACUCGGGCAAGUGAAACAAUUCUGAACAUAUCCCCUGGCUCUGAUGACCCUGUAGUUUCGAACGGGCAAGUAACGGAAGCUCCACAUAUAACAAUUUCAGUUAACGAGGGACCAAACAGAGACACAAACUCAUAUGCUGACGCUAGGACUAUUAACACAAACUCACUUAAAGUGGAAGGAGAGACAACUGCAGUUUCUAAUCAGGAAAUGAUAUCGGCUACGAGGUCUUCUGGUUCGCAGCAAGGGACGUAUUUAGGAGAAUCAGGGAAAGACACUUUGACUUCGGAGGCUGGUGUCACGACUAAGAGGAACUUGAACGGAAUCAUCUAUAACAUACCCUCUAUGGAGAGAAGCUCUGGGUCCAGUAAUAUUCAGACAGGCGCUUCGUAUGACUUCCCCACGACAAAUAUUGACAAUGUAGCCCCAGGCGGAGAAACUAUUCUCCAUGUAUCCAGUGCUAGUGAAAAUUCCCAUUUUACUUCCGACCACCCAGGAGUUGAACGAAACACACAGAUAAAUGACACGAAAAUGAGUCAAACACAAAAUUCUGGAAUAAGCUCUGGGUCUUCUGCUUCACAAGUCACAAGCUCAUUAGGAGAGUCGACUAUGGAUAGUAAUAAAGUGGUUACCAGUAAUGAAAAACCCGGUAUACCCGGUGACGGUGUAGCCAUGCUCGGUGACUUCUCAAUCGAUGCAUUAGUUUUAGCAAAUACUAAAGUAUCCAGUUCACCAGGGAAAUCAAAGGAGGACCUGCACGACCCGAACGGACUUCCGAUAGGAGGAUUUAUGGGAAACGCUGGGCUUAAUGGACUAACGAUUGGACCGACAGGAAGUAGUUCUGUUUCGAAUACUAUUUCGGAUUAUCAAACAGGCACUAAUAUAGUUACUGGACAGAGUAGCGUGGUUGACAAUCAGGGAUCCGGGGCUGACUAUACACCUGGAAGUACAAGUGAAAUUGUUUCCGGUCACAAUAAUGUGUUAAUUAACAGCGGGUCAACACACGCCGAACAGAGUGGAAGAUCUACUGGAGAACAACGCUCGGAGCCAAGUGUAUUAUCCGGAAGUCAUUCAUCCUCAUUAACCACAAACACUGGCUUUAUUCCUCCUGUUCCGGAAAGCCUUCGGUCUGAUCUUCAGGAAAAUGUAAAUGGAAUACCACUUCAUAAUGUAAUGACUGCAAGUAAUGGACAAGCAAUGGACCAGCCUUCCACUGCGAAUACGGGACAAACAUUUGAUUUUAGUGCCAGUACAGGUGAGAGAAUAGACCAAUCUUCAGGCAUCUCUACGAUGGAUCAUAGAACAGGCCACAGUACUGGAGAAACAUUGAAUGGCAGAUUCGACUCCAGUACAACACAGACAGUGGGGCAAGGCACUGGUGAAGGCCAUACGUCUGGCAAUAGUAUGGGACAUAUAACUGAGUAUUCUUCAAGUCCUAUUACGGGACAGUCGACAGGCCAUCCAUCUGGUGGGUAUAUUGGACAAACACAGGAUCACGGUCUGGGUUCUAAUAUCGUACAAACAAUGGACCAUACUUCUAACACUGGAGAUAUGGGACAGGCUCUCGACCAAGGCCAUACAUCUGGCGAUAAUAUGGGACAAAGAACUGAGUAUUCUUCUACGUCCGUUACGGGUCAGUCGACAGACCAUCCAUCCGGAAUUGCUAUUGGACAAAGGCAUGAUCACGGCUUAGGUUCAAAUACCGUACAAACAAUGGACCAUACUUCUAACACUGGAGAUAUGGGACAGGCUCUCGACCAAGGACAUACGUCUAGUGAUAUUAUGGGACAAAGAACUGAGUAUUCUUCUACUUCCGUUACGGGACAGUCGAUAGAACAUCCAUCUGGAUUUGUUUUCGGAGAAACACAGCACCACAGGGUGGUUAAUAAUAACGUACAAACAAUGGACCAUACGGGUGGAACUGGGGAUCCAGGACAGACAAUGGAUCAAGGCCAUACGUCCGGCUACACUAUGGGACAGAGAACUGAUUAUUCUUCUAGUUCCGUUACGGGACAGUCGACAGACCAUCCAUCUGGUGGUCAUAUUGGACAUACACAGGAUCACGGCCUAGGUUCUAAUAUCGUACAAACAAUGGACCAUACUUCUAACACUGGAGAUAUGGGACAGGCUCUCGACCAAGGCCAUACAUCUGGCGAUAGUAUGGGACAAAGAACUGAGUAUUCUUCUACUUCCGUUACGGGUCAGUCGACAGAAUAUCCAUCCGGAAUUGUUAUGGGACAAAGGCAGGAUCACGGCCUAGGUUCUAAUACCGUACAAACAUUGGACCAUACUUCUAACACUGGAGAUAUGGGACAGGCUCUCGACCAAGGCCAUACAUCUGGCGAUAGUAUGGGACAAAGAACUGAGUAUUCUUCUACUUCCGUUACGGGUCAGUCGACAGAAUAUCCAUCUGGAAUUGUUAUGGGACAAAGGCAGGAUCACGGCCUAGGUUCUAAUACCGUACAAACAAUGGACCAUACUUCUCACACUGGAAAUAUGGGACAGGCUAUCGACCAAGGCCAUACAUCUGGCGAUAAUAUGGGACAAAGAACAGAGUAUUCUUCUACUUCCGUUACGGGUCAGUCGACAGAACAUCCAUCUGGAUUUGUUUUCGGAGAAAUUCAGCAGCACGGGGUGGGUAAUAAUAACGUACAAACAAUGGACCAUACGGGUGGAACUGGGGAUCCAGGACAGACAAUGGAUCAAGGUUAUACGUCUAGUGAUAUUAUGGGACAGAGAAUUGAUUCUUCUUCUUCCGUUACCGGACAUUCGACAGAUCAAGCAUCUGGUGGUAAUAUUGGACAAACACAGGAUCACGGUCUUGGUUCUCAUACCGUACAAACAAUGGACCAUACUUCUAACACUGGAGAUAUGGGACAGGCUCUCGACCAAGGCCAUACAUCUGGUGAUAGUAUGGGACAAAGAACUGAGUAUUCUUCUGCUUCCGUUACGGGUCAGUCGACAGAAUAUCCAUCUGGAUUUGGUAUGGGACAAAGGCAGGAUCACGGCCUAGGUUCUAAUACCGUACAAACAAUGGACCAUACUUCUAACACUGGAGAUAUGGGACAGGCUCUCGGCCAAGGCCAUACAUCUGGCGAUAGUAUGGGACAAAGAACUGAGUAUUCUUCUACUUCCGUUACGGGUCAGUCGACAGACCAUCCAUCCGGAAUUGCUAUGGGACAAAGGCAGGAUCACGGCCUAGGUUCUAAUACCGUACAAACAAUGGACCAUACGUCUUACACUGGAGAUAUGGGACAGGCUCUCGACCAAGGCCAUACAUCUGGCGAUAGUAUGGGACAAAGAACUGAGUAUUCUUCUACUUCCGUUACGGGUCAGUCGACAGAACAUCCAUCUGGAUUUGUUUUCGGAAAAAUUCAGCACCACGGGGUGGGUAAUAAUAACGUACAAACAAUGGACCAUACGGGUGGAACUGGGAAUCCAGGACAGACAAUGGAUCAAGGUCAUACGUCUAGUGAUAUUUUGGGACAAAGAACUGAGUACUCUUCUACUUCCGUUACGGGUCAGUCGACAGAAUAUCCAUCUGGAUUUGGUAUGGGACAAAUGCAGGAUCACGGCCUAGGUUCUAAUACCGUACAAACAAUGGACCAUACUUCUAACACUGGAGAUAUGGGACAGGCUCUCGGCCAAGGCCAUACAUCUGGCGAUAGUAUGGGACAAAGAACUGAGUACUCUUCUACUUCCGUUACGGGUCAGUCGACAGACCAUCCAUCCGGAAUUGCUAUGGGACAAAGGCAGGAUCACGGCCUAGGUUCUAAUACCGUACAAACAAUGGACCAUACUUCUUACACUGGAGAUAUGGGACAGGCUCUCGACCAAGGCCAUACAUCUGGCGAUAGUAUGGGACAAAGAACUGAGUAUUCUUCUACUUCCGUUACGGGUCAACCGACAGACCAUCCAUCUGGUGGUUAUAUGGGACAAAGGCAGGAUUACCGACUGGGUUCUAAUACCGUACAAACAAUGGACCAUGCGGCUGGAACUGGAGAUAUGGGGCAAGCUCUCGACCAAGGCCAUACAUCUGGCGAUAGUAUGGGACAAAGAACUGAGUAUUCUUCUACUUCCGUUACGGGUCAGUCGACAGAACAUCCAUCUGGAUUUGUUAUGGGACAAAGGCAGGAUCACGGCCUAGGUUCUAAUACCGUACAAACAAUGGACCAUGCUUACUUACACUGGAGAUAUGGGACAGGCUCUCGACCAAGGCCAUACAUCUGGCGAUAA